AUGAACUCGAAACGACCUCGACCCGCGGACGAUGCGGAUGACGAUGCCUUGCCAGCUGGGAAGAGACCCAGGAUCAUUCAUCACAAGCUCAAGCACAAACAGGCCGCCUAUGUCGAUCCCAUGAUCGCGCCUCAGGAUGAGGUCUUCUUCCAGAGCCAGCUGCUGCGCGCAAUCACCCUCCAACUCGGCGCGGCAGGCUUUGACAGCGCAACGCCAUCAGCGAUGGAAUCUAUUCGGGCUCAAGCCGAAGAAUUUAUGCUCCACUUCCUGAGAACCGUGAAGCAAUCGAUGAACGCAAGCCGCCGAAACGAUGCGAUUCCCCAAGACUUCAUCCACGCACUCACACGCCAAGGCAUCACGCCUGCCGACCUCGUCGCCCACCUCGACCAGCCCUUCCCAGCGGCCAUCGUCCAGCCACCCAUACCCGCACCCGAGCCGCAGGAGCCGGCACCACCGGAUCUCGAGGGCAUGCUAGGCCCUGAACUAUCAGGCGCCACAGAAAAGCAGGCAAGGAAAUGGAUCCCAAAACACCUCCCCAACUUUCCUAGCAAACACACAUAUAAAUCGACACCCGUAUUCAGCGAGCGCAUAAAAGACCCAGGCAAGAUUCGAGAACGUGCAAUACAGGAGGGUGUGCUAGCAGAGAAAGCACUACGCAAGCUCAUGGCAGCAGAAAAGCUGGGUGCGCAGAAGAAAGGAGCGAAACGGAGACAGGGCACGCAGCGACAGCGGAGCGACGAGUUGUGGCUCGAGGCAAUGAAGGUUUUGCAAGAAGAUGAGGACAAUGCGGCGAGGAAUACGCUGAAUGAAGAGUUUGACGACUUCAGUGGGGUAAGAGAGACCCAGUUCGAGUCGCAGAAGUCUACCCGGGAGGAAAUGUUUGAGGGGAUGCAGGUCAAUUACGAUAAGAAAUUUUGGAGGAAGGCCGCAGCAAGGACUUGA